CAAAAAUGAUUUGGCUUGUGCUUUUCCUGUCCUGCCUCGGGCUGAUUUGCGCUGAAGUACCCUUCAACCAUAAAGUUCACAAUCAGAGAGUCAUAGGAGGCAACGAUGCUAAACCCAACACCUGGAAGUGGCAGGCCUCUCUCCAGUAUGACCCGUACAGUGACUUUUACCAGCACAUCUGUGGAGGCACUAUUGUCAGUCCUUCCUUCAUCCUGACCGCAGCUCACUGUAUCCUCAGCAUGGAUGCUAGUUUGUACCGUGUGGUGGUGGGUGAGUAUAACCUGCUUCAGUAUGACGGCAGCGAGCAGUUCAGACGCGUGGAUGAUAUCAUUGUCCAUCCUGACUGGAAUGGAGAGCUUGGCAAAGGGAAUGAUAUGGCACUCGUGAGACUGGCUGAUCCUGUGUAUGACAAUGGCUAUGUGUCCAUUGCUGACCUUCCCUUCCCUGACCAGAUGCUGCCUCAUGAUUUCACCUGUUUCAUCACCGGCUGGGGGUUAAUUGACUAUGUAGGCAGCAUGCCUGCCAUUCUUCAGGUGGCUCCCAUCAACAUAGUGGAGCACUCAGUCUGCUCCCAGCCUAACUGGUGGGGCAGCAUUGCUCUGAGAACCAUGGUGUGUGCUGGAGGUGAUGGAGUCAUAUCAGGCUGUCAGGGCGACUCUGGCGGUCCCCUGAGCUGCUUCACUGACGGAGCUUGGAGGGUCCACGGUGUUGUCAGUUACGGUCCAGCUGGCAUGUGCAACCAGGUGACUAAACCCACCGUCUUCACCAGGGUCUCUUCCUUCCUUGACUGGAUCAACUCAGUUGUGCGUCAGUAGACAACACAGAGAUUUGUCCAAACUGUCAAAUAAAACAUGCAGCAAAUUUAA